CACGCGCGUGCGCGCGGAGCCGGGCGGGGUGGGAGGAGGGGUCCGGGGCGUUGCCACGCUCGGCUCCCACCAUAGCAACCGCUUCCUCCUCCGGGCACGGCGGCCGUGACGUCGGCAGCGUUUCCGCCCGGCUCGCGCCCUCGCCGCUUCUCUUCCUGCUGCCGGAGCCCGCGCCGCGCCCAGCAUCCGAGGGAACAGCCGCUGCCGCACCGCGCUCCGCCGCCUCCCGCCGACACCAUGGCAUCUGGAGUACAAGUUGCUGAUGAGGUAUGCCGUAUCUUCUAUGACAUGAAAGUGCGGAAGUGCUCUACACCUGAGGAAAUUAAGAAGAGGAAGAAGGCUGUCAUCUUCUGCCUCAGUCCAGACAAAAAGUGCAUUAUUGUGGAAGAAGGCAAAGAGAUUCUUGUGGGAGAUGUCGGUGUGACAGUUACCGACCCUUUCAAGCACUUUGUGCAGAUGCUUCCUGAGAAGGAUUGCCGUUAUGCCUUGUAUGAUGCAAGCUUCGAGACCAAGGAAUCCAAAAAAGAAGAGCUGAUGUUUUUCUUGUGGGCACCAGAACAAGCGCCUCUCAAAAGUAAGAUGAUCUAUGCAAGCUCCAAGGAUGCAAUCAAAAAGAAGUUUCAAGGCAUAAAGCAUGAAUGCCAAGCAAAUGGGCCAGAGGACCUCAACCGAGCUUGCAUUGCUGAGAAGCUAGGAGGCUCCCUAGUUGUAGCUUUUGAAGGAAGUCCUGUGUAGACGUCAUACAGUGCCACAACUCUACAAGCAUUCCAUGUUUUAAUAUAUCAAUUAUGUAAAGCAACCAUUCUAGGCAAGGGUUUCACUAACUGUAGGGAAGCUGUCUUGUAGAAUAAAGUAGAUUUUGGAGAUGUAGCUCGUAUGUACAAAUGACCCUAAAUAAAUCAAAUCUAAGGAUUUAUCUUGGUGUAUUAAUAUUUGCAUUGGUUGUCCAGCCCAAUAUUGUCCCUGAUGGGUUAACACUAAAGGUCUCAAAAAAUUUUGGUCUAAUGCAGCAGUGUAUCAUGGUUUGAAAGGGGGGAUGGGGGGGUGAGAACAGUCUGGUUCCUGUUCUUUUCUAAAUUGUAACAAGCAAAAUUCAGUCAGUCUUUUUGAGACUGCUGGCCAAAUUGCCAAACUCAAACUUUUCCCUUGUAACAAAACUUAAAACCUGUAGUUAAAGUUAGGUUAAAGCAACUGGUUGGCACCAAAACUCAUUUAAAUUUGUAGUGCUUGCAGUUGCGGAGCAUUGCUAAUAAAGGCUAAUUCUGAAGUUCAACAGAGAGAAAAUGGACAUACUUUUCUGGAGAAAUAGUCCUAAUCUGCUCUCUUGUAAACUCACGGUGCAGUAAUAAUAUUUAAAGGUUCACUCGUUCUGUAGGUUCAAUUUUAUUGUUUUAAAGUGUCUUGAGGUCUCUUCCAGCCUGAUUCUAUAUAAAAUGCUUUUCUGUUGACAUAGUUUAACUUAGAACUACCUUAGUUUCUCUAACACGAACUUACUAGCAGAUCAGGUGCUUCUGAGGCUUUUACAAAUGAAGAUUCUUGUAUUAGAGCUCUCCAAUUAUGGGUAGUACAAUGAGAAGGAACCACAUCUUAAAAAGUGGUAUUCUCAGCCCCAGUCUUUGGUCACUUGGUCCAUUUGUCCAUAGUUACUAUUGAUUUAACUUAGUAGAACCAAUCAGCCUGACUAAUAUGGCUUGAUCUGGGCUUUUUGUCUGUUAGCUUCUUCAAUUCUGUAGAAAUGCAUGGAAAUAUCACCUACUAGAAAGUUUGACCUGAAAUGCCUUUUGUAUGGGGGUUAGAGAACAUUCCUGUGCCAGCUACAGAGAUCUUAAAAGCUUCCAUGUUUCACCAGUGGUUGAUUAAAGCUGUUUCCUUUGUGUAACGUGUACAUGGGAGUUGCAUAGAGUUUUCCUGUAUGUCUGUAGAGAAAAAAGAAAAAAAAAAAAAAAAAAAACAAA